GAUCAUUUUUCACUUACCUGAACCAGCAUUUCUUUUAUCGAACACAUCGCCAAAAUGUCAUCAGAUGUACGCGACGUCCUGAACUUGUCUGUUGAGGAUCGACCGCGACCUGCGAAGAGGCAGAAGACGGCUGCUUCGAGGCCCAACUUAAAGGGCCUCGCACGCGAAGUCCAGAACCUCGGAGGCGACAAUCCCAUCGCCAUCGUCCCCGAAAUCUCGAGCUUCAAAAAACGUCGACUCGGAAGCCGCAAACCUGCUGCGCGAUGGAAGUUGGCACCGUUCCGAAAUUCGGCCCGCGGCGACGGACUGCUUUUGAAACACUGGAAACGAGAGGCAGACAAAUCGUCAGGCCAGGAUGGACCGGCCAACGAGCACGAAGCAACAGCAGAGAAGCAGUCGGAGGAGAUUGAAGAUUCGGAAUUUGCAAAAUUCAACGUCUCGGUCAAUGUUCCGCAGUACAGCGACGAUCAGUACAAUGCAACACUGACCAACAAAGAUUGGACCAAGGACGAGACCGAUUAUCUCAUGGAGACUUGCAAGAAAUUCGAUCUGAGAUGGCCGCUGGUAUGGGACCGCUAUGACUAUGCGCUAAAGAUGCUUGUACCUUCAGGCCAAGGUUCAGGCGAAGGGGAGAGUGACGCAGAUCCUAAUUCGGCUGUUGUGCCAACGCCCAAGAUCCGAACUAUGGAGGACCUGAAGGCACGAUACUACGAAGUCGCAGCCAAGAUGAUGGCAGUUCAGAGACCAGUUCAGUACAUGAACGCGGCCGAGUUCAGCCUGCACGAGACCAUGGUCAACUUCAGACCAGGUGAUGAGACCAAACGCAAGGCGUAUGCUCAGAGCCUGCUGGGUCGCUCUAAGGAGGAGAUCAAGGAGGAAGAGUCUCUGCUCAUCGAAGUCAGGCGCAUACUGGCCCGCACAGAGAAGUUCAACCAAGAGCGCCGCGAGCUGUACAAUCGCCUGGAUUAUCCUCAGUCUGAGACAACGCAAGAUCUCAGCUCGUUCAAGACCAGCAUGGGCCUGCAGAACCUCCUUCAAACGCUCAUGAAUGUCGACAAGUCGAAGAAGAGGAAAUCGUUGGCAGGCACCGAGGUGAACACGCCCGCCUCGGCAGGUCCAUCUGCGCAUCCAGGCUCCACCCCUAUCUCGGAUCAUCGUCGUGAGAGCAUUGCCGCAUCCACGCACCGCGAUUCUAUUGGAGAGUCGUCUCGUCCUGAACGGCCGGCCAAGAAAGGGCCCCAGCAGCCCGAACGCAGGAAGCUCACAGAGCAGGAAGAGCAGAUAUAUGGCGUAUCCAAUCAUGAUCGUUUGUCUAGUGGACCUACGUUCCGAUUCGAGCGCAUCAACAAGAUACUUACCACCAAGUCGAACGCUCAGCAUCAGCGCAUCAUCAACACUCUGGCGGAACUGGACGUUCCGGCGAGGUUGAACAUGCCGACCAAAGCCGUUGUGGACCAAAUGGAGAAACUGCUCAAUCAAAUUGUCAUCCUUUUGGACCUUAAGAAAGUUGGCGACAAGCUUGAUGCCGACAUCAAGGUCGAGCAGGUCAAGAAGGCGGACAGGGAGAAGCGGAAUGCACCGGCGGAACCUGAGAAAAAGGGGGGCGCAGAUGAGGCGGCGAAGGCUGGCGCACCAGCAACAGAGAGUGCCAAGGCAGAUGCAGCUGACGGUGCGCAGCAGGCAGGGCAGAAUGGAGAUGCUGGCGUCAAGCAAGAAGUUGCGGAGGACAAGAUGGAUACAACUUGAGCCUGCCCACAUUUAUAGUCAUGAAUUAUACGUUUAGCCAUGUGCCCUUU